AUGAACGAUGACCGGAUAAGUGACCGUAUAGCCUUCGGAUCGUGCAACGAACAGGAUCUGCAAAACAACCUCUGGCCAAUUAUAGAAUCGCGUCAACCCACUGCGUUUGUUUGGGGUGGCGAUGCCAUUUAUGCCGACACCUUGCUGGCACCAGACUGGUCUUCCUUUCCACCGAAAGCGCAACAUCGAUGCGCCACUCCUUCCCUGUUGCGGAAGCUUUACCAAACACAACGAAAUGUGCCUGCCUAUCGGAGCCUAUUGCGCCAAAAUCUGACAGUGUUUGGAACUUUUGAUGACCACGACUACGGCUGCAACAAUGCCGAUCGUACGUAUCCAUACCGAUACGAAAGUGGUAUGGCCUACGUGGAUUUUUUGGGCUUGGUUUCCUCCUCGCCCAUGUAUCAGCGUGCCCAAGCUGGACAUGGAGUAUAUGGAGUCAAGCUUUUUGAUUUUGCCCGGCCGAAGGGAGAACGCGAAGUAUCCGAUGUCGAGGCCGGUCUCGACCCGGAUUUAAACAGUUUUGGCCAAAAGGGCAUGCGGAUACCAGCAAUGCACUCCUAUUCCAAUCGUACAGUCGCAGUGUUUGUUCUCGAUGUGCGCACCAACAAGACACCAUGGAAAAAGGGUUCGGCUGCGUACCAACCCGACCUAGAGGGAGACUUUCUCGGAGAGCGCCAAUGGCAAUGGUUUGAAGCCGCCAUUGCGCGCUCUACAGCCUCCGUCAACGUCGUUGUAAAUGGGUUGCAGGUGCACGCAAAUCGCUAUCCUGAUGGUAAUAUUGCGGAAGCGUGGGGCAAAUAUCCCAAAGCACAACAACGAUUAUUCGAUGCAAUUUUGCAAGACGGCGUGGAAUCGCCUGUCCUCGUUUCGGGUGAUGUGCACAUGACACAACUCAUGCGAAAGGAUUGCUACAAUCCUGAAACCGGCAAUCAGCGGUCUUUGAUCGAAAUGACGACCUCCGGAAUGACGCAUUCUUGGGGAACUGUUAGUAGCCAGCCACUGGUGGAUCCUACUCGCAAGCCUUCGUGGAGGGAUUGGUUCGAGUCAUACGCAGCUACUCGUAUGGUCCAUAUCCUCCACACUGUUUGCCCUUGGACCGACUUGAUGGUUUCCGAAAGUCAAACUUCAAGCGGGGAGGACAGCUCUCCCGAAUCGGGGGGUGGUGAAGGAUCCAAGCAAGGCUUGCAGUAUUCGUUGGCCAAGAAUUUUGGCGAGCUCGAGUUUGACUGGGAUGCCCGAAUGGUCUCAAUUCGCAGUAUAGGGGAAGACCCCGCUUCUCCUCCGCUUCUGAUGGCCCGAACGUCUAUGGAUCGACUCUCCGGACGGGAUGGCCUCAUGCCCGGUGGUACCCUAACGGACUCAGAUUUUGCCGUAGCGCACGAGGCUAUAGUACCAGGUACCGCCGAGUGGGUCUGUGUGAAUCAUAGAGGUGCCGAAAACUACGUAACGCACAUGUUUGGCCAUGUGGUUUCAGCUAUGAUUUUGUUGGCUGUGGUGCCUUUCCCCUUGCUCCUUCCGGCGUUGCUGGCCUGCUAUCUUGUACGCUGCCGUCGGAAAGCCAAAACGGUUCCGUCCACCAAAUUAUUGAUGUAA